UUGACCGAUGACGGGUCUCGCGAAUUUCAGGCCCUCGGCGUUGUUCUUCUCGCUGCACUCCGUUGCGAUUCUUUCUGUAGCGAUUGUUUGUGUGUUUGUAGCGGUCAACGCCUGCUAGUACGUUGCGCAAGCGAGCUGGUUCCUGUGUUGCGGAGUCGUGUAUCGCGCGCGUGUGAGUAAAGCAAUCGGAAAAAGUUAGAAUUUCGGACGACUUGAAUGCACUAGUGCCGUUGGGAUCUUGGCGUUGUGAGUACGGAGCGCACGAUAUAGCUAGACUAGAGGACUAGGCGAGCAACUGUUGUGAAAAAGAGGAGGCUUCAGCACCACCAAGCAGCGCUGCAAGAUGUCGGUCGGAGGAUUCAAGAAGCAAAUCAAUAAGGCAUCUCAGUAUAUGUCUGAGAAAGUCCUCAAGGAAAAGGGUACCGAAAUCGAGGAAGAGUUUCGUGAGCUGGAGAAGAAGGUCGACGCUACCAACGAUGUGUCCAUGAAACUACUAGAGAAGGUCAAGGAGCUGCUCUACCCUAAUCCGGCUGCGCGCGGUAAGAUAUCCGCAAAAGCAGCGUACGGCAAGAUAGCGGGCAAGCAACAGGAGCUGCGCUAUCCGCACGUCGAGGCGCAGAUGUCGGACAUCAUGACCAAGGCAUCGGUCGAUCUGGGCGACGACUCGGCGUUCGGAACUGCGCUGCGCGACACGGCUGACACGCUCAAGACGGUGGCCGAUCAGAGAGAAAUGUUGGAGAUUAACGUUCAGCAGAACUUCAUGGACCCGCUAACGAUGCUUAUCAACAAGGACAUCAAGGAGAUACUACAUCAUCGCAAGAAGAUGGAGGGACGACGACUGGAUUUCGACGCGAAGAAGCGCAAACAAGCUAAGGGUUCCAACGUCACUGACGUGGAGAUCAACCUGGCGGAGGAGAAGUUCGAGGAAAGUAAGGAGCUAGCGGAAACCGGGAUGAUGAACCUUCUUGAGGGGGACGUCGAGCAGAUCGGACAAGUAUCAGCACUGAUCGAGGCCAUGAGUGAGAUGCACAGAGAGUCGGCAUCGCUACUGCAGAACCUGCAUGCCGAGCUGAUGACGCAAAUGGACCAGGCGUCGUCAAAACCGAGAGAGUUCCGCGCACCCAAGCAGCGCGCUAGCCGUUUCACCAGCACACGUCGACGAGAGGUGGACUCCGACGAAGACGAGCCGCCACCGAAGCCGAGCCCAACAAAGACCUCACGCAGCAGCAACUCCUCAGCAAACAGACCGCAUGCCCUGGCCCUGUACGACUUUGAUCCGGAGAACGAAGGGGAGAUGGGAUUCCGAGAGGGGGACACCAUCUACCUCACGGAGCGUAUCGACGAGAAUUGGAUGGCCGGUGAGUGUAAUGGCGAGGCAGGCUUUUUCCCCGCCAACUAUGUGGAUGUCAUCGUCGACGUGUAGACGCACCCACCGCAAUGUGCCUGGAGUGUUCGCCGUGUACACACGGUAUAGAGAACUGUACAGAGUGUCGGUGUGAGCUGAAGGCUCAAGUACCUGCCCACUGGCACAGUGGACGGAUUGCUGCGAAGCACACAUCCAGCCAGUGUGUAAGCUUACUCGAGACAUGCAAGCCGUUCAGGAGGUUUCCAUUACGCAGAUUUGCUUUUAGCCGCAGAUUUCUAUUGUUCAAUGUGUUCUAUUUUAUUAUUUUGGUCCGUGAAAAACAGUAUCUGCGCUGUUGUAUAUUAUUACAGGUAUGCGUGUACGUGUGUGUGUGCGUGUACACAUGCUGAUGUUGUUGAUGGUGCACGAUGCCUCGCCUAGGCAAGCACUGCUGGCCCGAUGCCUUAUUUGACGUUUCCAAAACAUUAUUAUCGUUGCUCACUCUACGUGACCAGGCACACGGCAAAUCUCUCUUUUUUCCCCUACUGAACCGUUCUUAACUUCUCAUCUUCUUUCUUUUUUUGCGAAAAGAGUUAUUAUUGAGGGCCGGUGGGGAGAGGCAAUCGUGGAUUUUCGUUUUGUCAAAAAAUGACCGUGACAACACUAUUUGUAUACUUUCA